AUGAACCAACCCUUGGAGAUGUCAUUCCCGCCAUCAAGAUCCUUAAAGAAGAGUCGAGCGAAAGAAUUCUCGGUCCCGGAGAACUGGCGUCAUAUUGACGACCGUUUCCAAGUGUCAAAGUGUCUGUUGCUGACAUCUUCCGAGGUUUAA